GCAGCAUCACUUGGUGCGAGAGGAGGAGGGAGGUGGGAAGCAGCACGUCCUGUUUAUUCCAUCCUUAGCAGCUUUAUGUGCGUAUAGGGAUGGACCUGUCUCCGGGCGACCCUCAGGCUGCUCUUCCACCUCCUUCCUCGGACUGAGCAGGUACAGGGGUGUCUGUGGGAGCAUGUCCGGGUCUCCUGUCAGCAGCCUGUGACUGGAGAGAAGCGGAGGAGGAGAGGAUUCUCUGGUUGCUAAGUGUUGGUGACAACUCGAUCAUGGCCCAGUCCUCUGACACAAGUGUUGUGGGAGUUCCUGAUCCUGAGGACAAUACUCCCAACAUGAUUGUCUACAGAAAAAUAGAAGAUAUUAUCACACGGAUGCAAGAUGAUAAAGCUGGUGGAGUACCAAUCCGAACAGUCAAAAGCUUCCUGUCGAAAAUUCCCAGUGUGGUGACAGGUGCCGAUAUUGUACAGUGGCUGGUUAAGAAUCUCAACAUCGAAGACCCAGCGGAAGCAAUACAUUUAGGAAGCCUUAUAGCAGCCCAGGGUUAUAUCUUCCCCAUAUCAGAUCAUGUUCUCACACUGAAGGAUGAUGGCACCUUUUAUCGUUUUCAGGCUCCUUAUUUUUGGCCUUCUAACUGCUGGGAACCAGAAAACACAGACUAUGCUAUAUAUCUAUGCAAACGAACCAUGCAGAACAAGGCAAGGCUGGAGCUCGCCGAUUAUGAAGCCGAAAACCUAGCAAGACUUCAACGAGCGUUUGCAAGGAAAUGGGAAUUCAUCUUUAUGCAAGCCGAGGCACAAGUCAAGAUUGACAGAAAAAAAGAUAAAACAGAAAGAAAAAUCCUGGACAGCCAAGAAAGGGGAUUCUGGGAUGUGCAUCGGCCAGUGCCUGGAUGUGUGAACACAACAGAGAUGGACAUUAGAAAGUGCCGCAGAAUGAAAAAUCCACAGAAGGUCAAAAAGUCAGUAUAUGGUGUGUCAGAGGAUUCCCAGUCACAGAGCCCAGUGCACAUGGCAUCCCAUGUGAUUAGAAAAACAACAAAAGAUGACUUGCGAAAACAGAUUAAUUUUCUGAAUGUUCAGAUAGAUCGACAUUGUUUAAAAAUGUCCAAAGUAGCCGACAGCUUCAUUGCAUUUACAGAACAGUAUACAGAAUAUGACCCCUUUCUUACCCCUCCUGAACCCUCCAAUCCAUGGAUAAGUGAUGACACGACUUUCUUGGACUUAGAAAAUAGCAAAGAGCCAAGCCAGCAGCGUGUAAAGAGGUGGGGUUUCUCACUCGAUGAAGUACUUAAGGACCCUGUUGGGAGAGAGCAGUUCCUCCGGUUUUUGGAGUCAGAGUUCAGUUCUGAAAAUCUCAGGUUCUGGGUGGUGGUCCAAGAUCUUAAGAAGCAGCCUUUGCAUGAAGUCCCCAAAAGAGUGGAGGAGAUAUGGCAAGAAUUUCUGGCUCCAGGAGCACAAAGUGCCAUCAAUUUAGAUUCCCACAGUUUUGAGAAAACAAGCCAAAAUGUCAAAGACCCAGGGAGGUACACAUUUGAAGAUGCACAGGAGCACAUCUACAAGCUCAUGAAGAGUGACAGUUAUGCACGUUUCCUGCGCUCCAAUGCCUACCAGGACCUGUUGCUAAUGAAAAAGAAGACUGAGAAUGAGCAAGGUCGUAGAACCUCGUUAGAAAAGUUCACUCGCAGCGUGGGGAAGUCUUUGACAUCCAAGCGCCUCACGGGCCUCAUGCAGUCGUCCUGACAACCCAGGAUGGAAGAGCGAUCACUAGGUACCUAACAUCCUUUGGGUGAGGAUCGGUUUUAGGCAAGAACAUGGGUCACUGUGAAAGCAAAAAUAACGAAAAAGGAAGAUGGAAUUUGUCCAGUUCCCAACAGAUGUUCUUUUGUCCCUUGUUUACAUCAACACUUUCUGCUUGAGCAGCUUCGUGAUGACCCUGAGUUGCCAAGUACAUUUUCCGUGUGUUUUUAGUUUGGUAUUGGAAAUCACAUACUGUGGUACUGUGGGAGGGUCAAUGAGAAGGAUGUUUUUAAACCAAAUCAGCAAUAACAGGAGACAAAACCAAGAUCGAUACAAAACUUUCAUCUCCAUUCUACUUGGCAUCCAGCUGCAACUGAUAUCUUCUCCGCCGGCAGAAGCACCUCAUUGCCACUUCUGAAGACUGACCACCCGAAACUGCUGUUCAUUACAAACAUUUAUGAACCUUUUUCUCCUGCGACCUCUGCUGCAGAUACUUGACUUUAUUUUGUGUGUGUCCCAGUCAAAGAUACAACUGAAAAAAAUGUUUGCUCUGCAUAGUCUAUCCUUCCAAACGCAUGAUGCUGCUCCAAAGAUAGCGUUACCAGUCAAGGUGAAAAACAAGGUCGUUGGAUAAACUUAUAUAGCAAGUCAUUGAUUUGAAUUACCCUUUUUUUUAACAUUUUGUUGCCACUGCAUGCAUUUCAAGUACAAACCUGCACUGUCGUCCACACAGUAAUCUUCACGUUUUCUUCCAGUAUAAAUCAUCAGUGCUGAGGCACACAGGCAUUACCGCUUGUGGUAUAUUUUGCGAGAUAUUAGACUUAUCCAUGGCAACUUGUAUCUCAGUAAAAUCUGACAUAUAUUCAAUAGGAAAAAAAAGUUAUCACAUAGAUAUCUUCUAUUAGGAGUGUAAGACAUUUCCCAAUGUUUCUGGAUAUAACAGAAUAUGCUUAGUAUAAUCGUAGAGGAACUACAAUCAACAUGUCACCACUAGAAAGAGUUAAAAAAAACCAAGAAAUUUCAUGAUCCGCCGUGGGCACAAUUACGUUGUCAUUUUUGAAAAUGCUGAUGGCUUUGUGGGUUUCCUUCAAAACAGAAACUAACUUAUAGUAGUAAAUUUAUUUGAAAGCAAGCUGGAAUUUAAUGUACAUGUUUUAUUUGUUUAUGUUUUAGCCUUAUUUCCAGGUGCAUUUAUUCUUCUUUACUUGAUGCACAAAACAUAGAGGGCUUGUGGUCAACCACUUGCCUUUAAAAAUCGCAUCCUUCUCCUCAUUAGUGGGCAUGGUGAAAGGUCUUGGCUUAUGACUGGUAGUAAAAAGCAUUAUUGUAAUAUGUUUAAGUUGCACCCCAUUUUAUAUAUAAAAUCCCAAUCAUAUUGCAGCAAACACUGCCUUUUAGUUCACUGCUGCUCUUGAAAAUGAUUCAUUGGGGAAGGCCAUGGCUAGCAGGCCUGGGUGAUGGGCAAGCCCUCAAAUGGAUUUUCAUGGCCCUCAGCCAGCAAGUGAGUUCCACAGACUUUUUUCUAUUAUAUCACAUGGCUGUUAGCAAACUAAAAUCAUCUUAAACAUUUUUCACAUUGUCCCACUAAAUACAAAAAACAGCAAUCUGCAUUACUCAUCAUUCUCAAGGGUACUCCCUGUUAUGUUUUUUAGGACCCAGUGCUGCCUAUAGCAGAAAUAGUGCGCUGAAACUGAGUUGUGAUGCGCAUGUUGCCAGAAGGUCCAGUUUAGGCAGCUCUUUCCUCAUACAUCUCUAUGGGAAGCUAGAUAGGGGUGGAUAGGGGCGUUUUGACUGCUGCUGUGUUCUGCGCGAGCACACCUGCAACCAAAAUGUCCAUAUGCCAUUGGCCUUACGUUUGACACACAUGCCUUAAAUAUAAAUACAAACAUAAAUGGGUGCCUAUAGACAAAUUAGGAUGAAGAACUCAAAUACCAUUGUAAGAUUCUGCCAACCUUUUAUUAUAACAUUAAAAAAAACUCUUGCAGUUCCCACUCACUUACCAACACAUGUCUAAGACCUGCUGAUUAAAAAAUCACACGUGUGUGUAUUUUCUCACUAAGUGCAUGCAUUGCUCGAAUAUACAUAAUGUAAUUGAUAGACAAUCUUCUAUAACAUGCACAUCAACAUGUGAUUAGUACCUAAAUACAACAAUGUUCUAAAUACA